CCCCGGGAGUUCUUGGCCAUCCAAGAGAUUGGAAAGUGGUUUACUCGGGGCUGCCUUAACCCCAUUGACGAGACAUUGGUGGUGUCGGGCAACGGUCGAUGUCGUCAGCGCGCAAUCCUCGUGCCACGGAUGUGAGGGGUGCGCGUGACACCACACACCACUUCACCCCACGUAAGAGGAAUAUAAUAGGUAACCCCGUAACAUACUACACACCUCAUGGUAGCGAGUCAUCAUGGAGACGAGCACAUCUCAUUCAGACUCAUUAUAGUAUAUCACGAACCACCCAACAGCCCGCGCUUUACCAAACUGGCCGUCACGCAAUGGGGAAUGGAGCAGGCACCUAUAUAGAAUCAUAAGCCCUCCCAUCUUGCUUGGCCGUUUCCUGCAGAUUCAUUACUUGAGACCAGUGGACUACCGGCACCGUUGUUCACACGGCUCUUUUGCUCGUUAUACCUACUGGCGAUUCGAGACAAU